GGUGUUUAAAAUAUCCACAUUUUUUACUCUCUUGUCUCAUUUUCACUAAGCAGCGAGCGUAAGCCUCGUAAGCAGUGGCGAGAACUAGCCCCAAGCUCCAAGCGUCAUCAGACUGUCAUGGCAGCGCCCAUGUCUGAGUUGUCAGGAUGGUUUCCUGCCUUAGCAAUAGGGGUAACCUUUCUAAAGUGUCUUUUAAUAAACACAUAUCAUUCCACAGACUUCGAGGUUCACAGAAACUGGCUUGCCAUCACACACAGUCUACCGGUGUCACAAUGGUAUUUUGAGGACACCUCAGAAUGGACCCUGGAUUAUCCACCCUUCUUUGCUUGGUUUGAGUACUGCUUGUCGCAUGUGGCUAAAUAUUUUGACAAAGAAAUGCUGGUUGUUCAAAAUCUCAGCUAUGCAAGCCCAGCCACCAUUCUGUUUCAGAGGCUCUCGGUUAUGUUUGUGGACUUGGUGUUUUUCUAUGCAGCACGAGAGUGCUGUAAAACAGUGGGAGAUAACAAAGCGAAAGAAAUUAUCGGAAAACCAUCCUUUGCUUUGGCAGCCUUGUUGGUGUGGAACUUUGGCCUUCUGAUUGUUGAUCACAUUCAUUUUCAGUACAAUGGCUUCCUGUUUGGCAUAUUGCUUCUGUCCAUCGCAAGACAUUGUCAAAGUAGACACCUAGAGGGCGCCCUUCUCUUUGCCAUCCUCCUGAAUCUGAAGCAUAUUUUCCUCUACAUUGCACCUGCCUAUGGCAUUUUCCUGUUGAGGUCUUUUUGCUUCACAUCAAAUAAUUCAGAUGGCUCAAUAAAAUGGAGAAGCUUAAGUGUGGUCCGAUUAGCUGCUCUCGGCACCAUCGUCCUGUCUGUCUUUGCUCUGUCGUUUGGACCAUUCAUCGCAAUGGGCCAGCUGCCUCAAGUCGUCUCCAGGCUCUUCCCUUUUAAACGAGGACUGUGUCACGCCUACUGGGCCCCCAACCUAUGGGCUCUCUACAAUGUAGCUGACAAAGCUCUAUCCAUACUAGGGGUGAAGCUGAAGGUUUUGGAUGUUGACACGCUCCCCAAGGCGUCCAUGACGGGAGGGCUGGUUCAGGAGUUCCAGCAUUCGGUUCUACCAUCAGUCACUCCCCUGGCCACGCUGAUCUGCACAGUGGUGUCCAUAACACCUGCACUGCUCCAUUUAUGGUUCCGACCCAGUGGAGCCAGAGGAUUCGUCCGCUGCAUCGUCAUCUGUGCCAUGGGCUCAUUCAUGUUUGGCUGGCACGUACACGAGAAAGCCAUUCUAAUGGCCAUACUUCCUUUAAGUCUGCUUGCGGUGGAGAGCAAAGAGGACGCCAGGACUUUUCUCCUGCUGACCACCACUGGCCACUACUCCCUCCUGCCACUCCUGUUCACUGCGGCAGAGCUCCCUAUCAAAGUCCUUCUCAUGGUGCUUUACACGCUGUUCACUUUCACGUCAUUGAAGACUCUGCUCAGUAAGGAGGGCUCCUUGUUGAGCACUGUAGAGGGGCUCUACCUCGCUGGCCUGGUGCCCCUGGAGGUGCUGUGUGAGUGGGUGUACCCACUAACCACGUGGCAGGGCUCCAUGCCAUUCAUCCCCCUGCUGGUCACCUCUACCUACUGCGCCCUCGGAGUCACCUACUCCUUCAUCAGACUCUACCUGUCUCUGCUCAGGGGGCAGGGGGUCAAACACAAGGACAAGUCUCAGUGAAUGUGUGUGUGUGUGUGUGUGUGUGUGUGUGUGUGUGUGUGUGUGUGUGUGUGUGUGCGUGUGUGUGUGU